GGUUGGUUUCAUAUAAGCAGACAAUUGUAGGCGGGUCGUAGUUCAAACUAGCAGCGUCUCCUCGGCGGUGGAACACUCGCUCUUGGUUUGCGGUCCCAGGGUUGGAUUUCGGUCGAUUUUAAACAUGGCUGGUGGAAAAGCAGGCAAAGAUUCCGGAAAAACCAAGACGAAGGCUAUUUCGCGCUCCCAGCGAGCAGGCUUGCAGUUCCCCGUGGGUCGUAUCCACAGACACCUCAAGUCCAGAACCACCAGCCACGGCAGAGUGGGCGCCACCGCCGCCGUCUACAGCGCUGCCAUCCUCGAAUACCUCACCGCUGAGGUUUUGGAGUUGGCUGGAAAUGCUUCCAAGGAUCUUAAGGUGAAACGUAUCACCCCCCGCCAUUUACAGCUGGCCAUCAGAGGAGACGAGGAGCUGGAUUCUCUUAUCAAAGCCACCAUUGCUGGCGGAGGUGUGAUCCCCCACAUCCACAAGUCUCUGAUUGGAAAGAAGGGCCAGCAGAAGACCGUAUAACCUGAAGUGCUCUGAAAGGCAUCCGUGCCAUCUCAGGACGAAGUCUUUGCCGCGUGGUUUAAUUGUCCCUGUAGAUCAUCUUUUAGGAGUUUUUGUAUGGUUGAACAUUUACUCACUGGGGUAUUUUUUAAAAGUGGCUUCAAAGAAGCUCAUUUUUUUGUUUUGAUUUUAUUUUUCUUGCUGCAGUUUUGUCAUGCUUAUUGUGGCAUUCCCAUAUUCUGUUUGUCGCUCGAAUAAAAUCUCCGACAGUUACCGAUUUAUCAGUCCUGAAGAUUUUACAUCGUCAUCAAAUGCCCGCUUCGGUUUGGGUUCAUUGUUCUUUGGUUUCAGUUGCUAUGCCCAGUUUGGUGAAAUGUGAUUACACGACGUGAUGUUACCGGUAUCCAAAAUGUCUUUUCAGUCUGACGUUUCAUGAUCGACUUUUGUUUGGCAUGAGUUUGUGCGCAUGUUUAGCAUCUGUUGUAAAUGGAUGGAGGACUACUCUGAAUAAAGACUAAUGGUUAUCACCA